AUGAGUGGUGUCAGUUCUACCACUCAAGAGAUUCGAGAGAAUCCAUCCAAGAUGGCCGUCACAAGCCCAAUGUCAGGUAAAGAGAUGGAAGAGGACAUCCAGAGAAAGAUGAAGCUCUGGGGUGUUAUCCAAGCCUUUGGACAGGGACGAUUGCCCACCAACCGUCAGAUGGACUCUGCGCUCGAAUAUGCCGUUGAACACUCGCCCGUCGAGGUCGACAAGCUCUCUCAGGAGGGCAAGGUGUUGAUCGAUGACACUAGAGACAUUAUCGAAACUCUCCGAACCAUGGUCCAGGAGAAGAAUGCCGAUGAACUAUUCCAGAACGCAGUUUGGAACUCUUACGCUGGUGAUCCCUCGCGAGCCAAGCAAGACGGAGUCGUCCCCGUCAGCAAAGAAGACGCCAAGAAGGAUGUCGACCAAGCCGCCGCCCACCUCCGUGUCCUGAUCACCCUCUUCAUCACCAACUCUGAAUUCCGAAAACUCGCCAGUGACUUUGGAAUCAUCGGACGAGACGUCUUCGCUACUGCCGCUUCAAAGGUCGCAGAUACCGCUCGACCGGACCAAGAACAGCUCGACCAAGUUGACCAGGAAGCUCCCUCCAAGCAAUGGGUCGGACCCGAUGGCAAAAAGCUCGGAACCCAGGACACUCCUGAAUUGCAGCUUAAGAACCCUGCCGGCGAUGGUGAGGUCAGAUACAACCCCAAGGAUGCUCCUAGCGAUGCCAAAAUCACUGGUCCCGACGGCCAACAAAUGAGCGCUGGAGAAGCCUAUCAGAAGGCUCAGGAUGCCAAGGAGCAAGCCAAAUCUCAGGCUCAAGACGCCGCCAACCAGGCCUCUGCCAACAAGGACUCUCUCCUUGACCAGGCGAAAUCACACGCCUCGGAUGUCGCCUCACAGCGUGACCCCAACGCUUCGCUCUCGACCCAGAAGGAGCAGCUCAAGAAUGCCGCCUCCAACAAGGCCGACCAAGCUUCCAACCAGGCAGAUGCGAACACUCCCGACCGUGAUGAGGUCGAGGGUCAAGCCAGGAACAAGAUGCAGCAACUCAAGGAGAAGAUUCCCGAGGAGCACCGUCAAAAGGUCCGUGACACCAUCGACACGACCAAGGACAUUCUCACCGAUGCCAUGCCCGAGGAGAGACGAGAGCAAUUCAUCUACCGUUUGAAGAAGGUCGUUGUCGAGUGCCAGGAGCACAAGGACUACAUGGAGGCCAUGACUUGGCUUUUGGACACCCUGGAGAACUAUCAGGGUCACGCUCAACACGUUGCCAACAAGGGCGCCGAUGCCGCCGACGGUCUCAAGACUGACGCCGGAAUCGCCACUGCCACCAGCCAGUUCCGGACGCUUCUCGAGCGAUUUGCCAAUGGCAAGUCGAUGUCUGGCAUGACCGAUGCCUUGGACCAAAUCUACACCGAUGCCAAGGAAGACGACUCGCUCCGCGGGUGGUUCACCAAGCUCAACGACUUCACUCACCGAGCGUUGCUCGAGCCCGGUUGGAUUCUUGACGACGAGUGCAACCGAGAAGCCUCCCAGCUCCAGGAAUCUGGCAAGGAGUUCUUCACCGAGAAAUACAAGGGACACCAAGAGAAACUCUUCAACGAGAUCCAAGCCUGGUUCACCGCUUUGGCCGAGGACCCACUCAACCAGCGAUUGGGAGACGACGUCAAGCGACUCACCAAGGACUUGUUGUUCAACUCGGAGGGCAACCUCACAUUCAAGCCUAAAUUGUGGAAUGACAUUAGGCACACUAUUCUCCCUACUCUGAUCAAGCAGAUUGGAUACGUUCCCAUUCCCCGAGCAGAGUACUCGGAUGACAAGAUUGACCUAGUCAUCGAGAACCUUGUCCUCUCUGGACCCAAUCUCUUCCCGAACGUUGUCGAGCUGGAGGCCCACAACCGAUUCAAGUUCAGCCCCUACUCCAACAUCAACAAAACUCUUGAUGUCCACCACCACCGAUUCCGAGCUGGUCUCAGCCAGAUCCAGGCUGAUAUCCGAGACGUUUCCUUUGCAUUCAAGCGCAAAUCUGGAUGGCCUCGUCUGUCCGACCACGGUCUCGCCGAUGUUGUCAUUGCCGGCCGAGGUAUCUCUAUCGACAUUGAGGUCGAGUCCGUCGAGAACAGACGGGACAGUGUGUUCAAGGUCAACCACGUCAACGUCGAGCUCGACACCCUCAAGUUCUCCAUCCGAGACUCCAAGCACGACUUGCUGUACAAGUUCAUCAAGGGUAUCGCCACUGGGGUCAUCAAGAAGGCCAUCACUGUCGCUGUCCAAUCGGCCAUCAAAUCUGCUCUGGAGCACGCCGACGAUCAAUUGGUCGAGGUCCGAAACACUAUGGAGCGGGCCAAGCGAUCCGACGAGACGACCCGAACUCAGGCUCUCAAGGACUUGUACGCGAGAAAGAAGCAACACGCUCAAGAUGCUGCGGAGCGUGCGGAUCAGAAGACAGGCACGUUCAAGAUUGUGACUGACCGAGACGACAUGAUCAACCCCAACAUGACUCACGACCCUAAAAAGUCGUCUGCUCAACGAAUGUUCAAGGUUGAGGAUAUGGCUGCCUCUGGUGACGAGUGGCGAUCACCCGCUUUCGAUCUUUUGGACAAGAAGCACCCUGCUGUCACUGGUGAGAACCAUCCCGAGGCUACUCCGGGAAUGGGACACAAGGACGUUCAGUCUUCCGCUGUCGCUGCUGCUCGAGGUGAACAAGUCGGUGUGCCAAAGGACGGAGCUUCAUCCGUCGCUGGAUCCACAACGGCUGCUGGAUCCAUGGACUUGGGACCGAGAGUCAACUAA